CGCGAAAUCCCGACUUCCGGGGGACACAGGAACGCAACACAGGCACCCUGAAGGAGCAUGAAUGAGAAGCUAAGCUUGUUUAUUUAUCCUGAACCAGCUGCCAUGCUUUUAAUUAUACGGAUGUUAUGUUUGACAGAUUGAUACCAAUUAAGACGGAAGGAUAGCUGAUUAAAAAAAAUAAAGUAAAUGUGCGACCAUCGUAUUUUUGAACGAUAUUCCCAAAUGAGCUAAAUUAGCGGCGAAGAGGCCUUUGAAACCGCGGUGUUUGGGUUAGCCACAACCCGGGGGUUAAGGUGAUAUCACCGUGCACACGCCUUGGAUCCUCGUAUAGCCCGUGAGACGCGCUUGUCCGUAACACCCACGGCUGGGAGCUCACAAUGUCACACACGGGACCCCCUCCCCGAUGGCGGACUUGUCCCAGAAGAGGACAACCAGUGGCAGGUAAAUUCUUGCCAAUGAAAACCGUGCUAGGCCCCAGAUAUGAUGACCAAGUUGCAGAGGAGAAUCGCUUUUACCCGAGCAUGCUUUCUAACUACUUGAAGAGUUUAAAUGUGAAAAUGGGUUUGCUCGUGGAUUUGACGAACACAACUCGCUUCUAUGACCACAACGACAUUGAAAAGGAAGGAAUCAAAUAUGUCAAGCUACAGUGUAAAGGUCACGGAGAAUGCCCUUCCAAGGAGACGACUGCUAUGUUCAUCCAACUCUGUGAACACUUCAUGGAGAAGAAUUCUACAGAUCUAAUAGGAGUCCACUGCACGCAUGGGUUCAAUCGGACAGGCUUUUUGAUAUGUGCCUACCUGGUGGAGAAGAUGGACUGGAGCGUGGAAGCAGCCGUUGCAGCUUUUGCCCAGGCCCGGGCCCCUGGGAUCUACAAGGGUGACUACCUCAAAGAGCUUUUCCGUCGCUAUGGGGAUGAGGAGGAUGCGCCUGCCGCCCCCACGCUGCCCGAGUGGUGCUGUGAGGACGACGACGGGGAAGUAGAUGACGACGGAAACACAGUUGCCCAGGAUUCUGGCCCCAGCUCGUCCGGGUCAGCGCCUGGGAAACGAAAAAGAGAGAGGCUCAAACUGGGGGCAGUAUUCCUUGAAGGUGUCACGGUAAAAGGCGUCACACAGGUCACCACACAGCCCAAACUAGGCGAGAUCCAAAGAAUGUGUCAGGAGAUGGCCGAGUGGAACAAAUCUGGUUUUCCUGGUGCUCAGCCUGUGUCAAUGGAUCGACAAAACCUUUGCUUCCUAGAGCAGCAUCCCUACAAAGUCAGUUGGAAAGCUGAUGGAACACGGUAUAUGAUGGUGAUCAGUGGGAAACAUGAAGUAUUUAUGAUUGACAGAGAUAAUACGGUCUUCCACAUAGCCAAUUUAGAGUUUCCUUUCCGGAAGGAUCCACGCAUCCAUCUAUCAAAUACUCUUUUAGAUGGGGAGAUGAUCAUUGACAAGGUGAAUGGCCAACCCGUCCCCCGCUAUCUGAUAUACGACAUCAUCAAAUUCAAUGGACAACCUGUAGGCCAAUGUGAUUUCAAUAUCCGGUUGUUAUGCAUCGAAAAAGAGAUAAUUUCUCCACGGAUGGAAAAGAUGAAGACAGGACAGAUUGACAAAACAAGGGAGCCCUUCAGUGUCCGAAAUAAGCCAUUCUUCGACAUUCAGGCAUCACGCAAGCUCCUGGAAGGCAGUUUUACGUCCCAGGUCAGCCACGAAGUUGAUGGCCUCAUCUUCCAGCCAUGUGGGAGAUACAAGCCUGGAAGAUGUGAUGACAUCCUGAAAUGGAAGCCCCCCAAUCUCAAUUCAGUGGACUUUCGCCUCAAGAUCACAAAAGUCGGAGGAGAAGGGCUGCUGCCGCAGACUGUCGGCUUACUGUACGUCGGCAACUACGACAUGCCCUUUGCAAAGAUGAAGGCCACGAAAGAGCUCAAAAUGUAUGACAACAAGAUCAUCGAGUGCACCUUUGCCAACAACAGCUGGGUGUUCAUGAGGCAGAGGAUAGACAAGAGCUUCCCAAACUCCUACGACACAGCAAUGGGUCUGUCCUCGUCACUAUUGCUGCCAUCACUUGUACCGCUGUGAAAGGUAUACUCUGGGUCUUCACCUUACGAUGGAUUUUGUGGUCCCACAGCAACAGCGUAACCUGAAUUUGUAUGUAUAUUUGUUAAGUCAGAAUGUGCCAUACUCAGCACUAACGCAAUAGUAAAGUUAUGAUUACAGUAAGCCAUAAAUAUGGAACCGUUAAAUGAAAAACAGUAAAUAGGGUUGUAUCAGGUCAUGCUUUCUCGUGUCGUUGCGCAAACUAGUCCAGUGCGGAGAUAAGCUCAUUUAGACUUAGACCAUAUCAUAUAGCAGUUGGAAAUGUUAUGUUGAAUUUCUACUAACGAUAGUAGACUCUGCUGAAUGAAGAACCUGUUGAACAGUCCUUAUUCCUUCCUUUCUUAUUCAGAUCCUCACAGAGGCUUGUGUGUUGUGAGGAACAUAUUUAUCUCUCCUGUGCACCGUCACCCAGGGAGCUGAUUUACUUGUCAGCUCUCAUGCUGUAUUUCAGCUGUCUUAACAAGAAAUGAGGUAGGAGGCUACCUGAUGUAGUCGAUACUAUUUGGAAAAAUAUUUUAUAUUUCUGUGUGAAGAUAAGUGUUAAUGUGAGAAAGGAUUGUGUUUGCAGAAAUAGGUCUGAAAUCUGUCUCUCCUGCACAGAUGUUAUUUUCUGUCUUUUGGGGGCAGAAUGUUUAUUUUGAGACCAGGUUGACACUGUUGGGUUAGUCACACAGUGUGGAGUAUUGAGUCAAUAAAGGUUAGUGCAGUGGAGCAUAGAGAAGGCUGGAACUAAAUCAAGUGUGUUUUAAGGUCCUGCCUGCGAUUGCAAGAGGCGACUGUUGUAAUAGCAGAGAUGGAUGAGAUGCACUCCCGAGGUGCUCUGGCCCCUUCAACACUGCACUCGUGCGGGUGUGGGUGAAGUAAUUUAAUUAAAAACUGAGGACCGGCGUUCAAUCCCCGGCCCCGCCUGUGUGGCGUUUGCAUGUUCUCCCCGUGCCUGCGUGGGUUUUCUCCGGGCAAUCCGGUUUCCUCCCACAUCCCAAAAACAUGCAUGGUAGGUUAAUUGAGGACACUAAAUUGCCCGUAGGUGUGAAUGUGAGUGCGAAUGGUUGUUUGUUUAUAUGUGCCCUGUGAUUGGCUGGCAACCAGUUCAGGGUGUACUGCCCGAUGAUAGAUGGGAUAGGCUCCAGCACGCCCGCGACCCUACUGAGGAGAAGCGGCUCAGAAAAUGGAUGGAUGGAUAAAGUAAUUUAAUUACAGCAAGUUAGCACCCAUUAUUUCUGUCAUGUAAUGUCGGUUUGACCUGACUGAUUAGAAUACACGAUCUGACUAGAGCAGUUAUUUCCAACCUUUAUGGAGCCAAGGAACAUAUUUUACAAUUGAAAAAUCUCACGGAACACCAACAAACAAAAAUGUCAUUAAUGUGGAUACAUUAAUUACUGUCCUUCCUACUUCCUGCCAUCUAAUAGAAGACCAUUUAUCAUUUGUUCUGUCUGUCACUAUGCCUCACUGGCAGAAAUAGAUGAACAAAGAUACAUUAUUGUAAAUAUAUUUUUUUUUAGCAAUUAAGUGCACAAGUCCAUUUAUCCAUUUUCAGAACCGCUUCUCCUCACUAGGAGUGCUGGAGCCUAUCCCAGCUAUCAACGGGCAGGAGGCGGGGUACAGCCUGAACUGGUUGCCAGCCAAUCGCAGUAAGUGCACAAGUAUAUACAGUAAAUGAACAGGUCAUUUAAAUCGACACAUUCCUCCAUCUUGUGAUCAGAUCGGUUAUCUUUUUUUUUCAACUCGCUGAUCGGCCCCAAAAAAUCCUGAUCGUGUAAAGCCUAAAAAGAAUUGUGCCUCAGACAACUUGGCACCACUGUGUGACGGUAUCACUCUCCAAACACCUUGCUGUUUUUUUCUCCAUUAUGUGUACAGGUGAGGAGUUUUGCUUUUAUCUAAAUUUGAUUCUAUCUUAAAGUCCCUCUCCGCUCUCUGGCUGUCAGGUAUGACUUACUGAAAAAACCCACUGCCACCCCCUCGCUCUUCUGCCUUUCUCUUAAAUUCUUCUUUCACCUAUUGCCAACUGAGGGCUUUAUGGGUUAUUCUCCCUCAAUGGGAAACUAAUCCCCACUUUCUAAAAGAUUGGGCUUGCAUCUUGUGCUAAAGCAUAAGGGUCCCUACAAGUCUGCAAAACAAACAAACAAGGGAGAAGCAGAAAGAUUUGCAUUAACAUGGCAUCGUUUUCUCCCAGAUUGUGAGUCCUUGGACGUGCAGGAGACGAGCGGCUGCAAUGUGAACUUGUAAACACACCACAUGAGCGCCUGUGGCGCCGUCGACGACAUGAGGCUCGGCGUUCUCUCUCCUGGGGCCCGGGAAGCUCAUAUUAAAUCAUCGUAGGCCUUUCUCGCUGCAAUAUUAUCUGCAUCUUCAAUGAGGUAUUCAUGUGCUGCUCUUCAUUUGCAGUCAUCUCUCAGUAAAAUAGCACUUUGUGUCCUUCAUCAGGUGGCUUGUAAUAACACAUUUUGCCACUUAUGUAUUAUCACAUAUUGGUCCUCACAGUCCCAUUUGAGGGUAACUGAUAAUGCCGCUGAUGUUUCCAUAGAAAGGGUGGGCAGGGGAACAAUUAGGAGGCGGUGGUUUGUGGUUUUUCUGCAUCAUUUGCAGCAUUGUUUCCAUGGAUAUGUUAAUGUUCUGUUUACUCUCACAGCUUUAAAUGCACUUUUUUUUUUUUUAAUUGCAAAUAAUGGCACACAAAAUGACAGGGUGCUGUGGCGCACUGCUGUGCCGUGAGAGAUCACUGGGGUGCUACGGGAAAUGAUCGAAUUGCACUUAAAUUGUUAGAACAUUACUAUUUAUUAAUUACAAAUAUAUCUUUGUUCCUCUAUCUAUGCCAGCGACAUAUAGUGACAGCAGGGGCGUAGCUAGUCAUUCAGGGGCUCAAGGCAAACCCAGAAAUGGGGGCCUCCACAUGUUACUAAAUGCAUUUCCUCAAUUACAGUAAUUUAGUUCAAUGUUGACGAAAGGUGCGUAUGUAUGUUAAGCCACUUUGUUGUGCUUUUGAAAUCCCUUACUAAUAGCUUAAGUUACUAGUUACAUGAGCAUUUUUAUGUUCCCCGUCAAGAGAAUUUUUAUCACCAAAGACUGAAUAAUGUCAACUGAAUUUGAGAAAGUGGUUCCAUUUCUUUCUUCUUGGGGAUUAUUAUCUAACAAGUAAAUGAUUUCAACACUUUUAUUGUAAGUCAUAAGAAAAUUAAUCAACAUUUAAUAUAGUUUACCAUUUCGAGAGCUUUAAUACUAUGACUCAGGUCUUUGAGAUGAAAAGCAUGACCCGUGCUUUUCCACUUCUUCGAUACUGGAUUCUCCUCGGUUAACACUGACUGUAGUAGCAUCUGGCCCUUGCUGUUGUCAUUGUGAAAAAGGUUGAAACAUUUUAUAGUUUUGAUGAAAACUGUUCAUUUUCCAUUCGCUUUCUCCUUUUCUUUGCUCCACUGGGAUGACACGCUUCCUAUUCACAAGUGCGCCACAAAUUUUUUUUGCAGCAGUCCUCAUGAAUCAAGUCUGCACAUGUACACUUAGACGAUGGAGUAGUCCAAUGGGGAGGAAAGGCUGGGGUGUUGGGUUUGAAAUUGAAACAGUAAGGCUAGAUAAUGCAUUGGAAUAUUUUUUAAGCGCGUAAAUUAAGAUUAAAACGACAAAUUGCUUUCAAUUGAAGAAAAUUGUAGUAAUCGUUUUUUAUGAGACUUUUGGGCGGGGGCCUGGACACUUCGGGGGCCCGAGCAACUGCCUGUUUGCCUAAUGGUAAGUACGGCCCUGAGCAGAACAAAUAAAUGCUAUUCCAUUAGCUGGCAGAAGAUACAAUAAACCGGUGUGUCCACCUUUUGCUAUUUAGAUAACAGAAUAAGUCAUGGCUUACUGUGAGUAUAUCAGCUUUGUGGUCAAUUAAACAGGCCCAGAUUUCACGACGACGAGACGAAAAUAAUUAUUUACAUUUUAUACUUAUUGUGAUAUUUUUGUUUGGCGGUGUGCCGUUAGAUUUUUCUAAUUUAAAAUGGGUGCCUUUGCUUAAUAACGGUUGGGAAACACUGGUUUAGACAUUUUGUUAAUGAAGGGCAGACUCACUCAAACAUUUAAUAUUGUUGAAGUGAGAAAAGUGCAACACGUUAAUCAUAUUACGCUAUGUUCAGUUACAGUUGAACCUGCCAAGUCAAGAUUUAGAGGUCAACCAAAAUGUUCUGAACAACGUGUCAUAACGUGAACGUGUCAUAAUUCGUAAAGCGGGCCGAGACUUCAGCUCAGUAGGUGUGUUUUACUUGUAUUUUUUAUGCUGCCGCAGAAGGGUACCAGUGAUUGAAAAGAGGAAAAGUGCAAUGGUAACCAUCCAUUAGUAUUCUGUAUUGUUUGUAUUUUUUAACCUUGCAUUGCAACAAUGUUGCGUAUGUUUUUUUUAUGGCAGUCGAUGGCCAAUAAAGGCUUUAAGAAGUU